CAACGGUGAAACAGCUGCUUAGUAGACUUUGAAAGAUUUCAAGUGUGCGUGUGCUUGAAGUUGUGCGUGCCGGAUGGCAAGAAGAAGAUGGCCCGUUCCACCUCAAUUAAGGAAGCACUGAAGCGUUGGCAGGAAGAACACGAGGGCCAGGAUCCGGUCGAGGCCGCCGACAUACAGCUACAGUUCCGCUGGCCACCGAUCGAGAAGAUGGACGGUACGCUCGGGACGCUCGUGAACUGUCAAAAGUUGAGCCUGUCAUCGAACAUGAUUGAAAAAAUCGCUGGCUUAAAUGGUAUGAAAAACUUGCGAAUACUUGCGCUCGGCCGUAACUACAUCAAAUCGCUUAGUGGUAUUGAAGUGGUGGGCGAAACGCUGGAAGAGCUUUGGAUCAGCUACAAUCUGAUCGACAAGCUGAAGGGUGUGGAAAGCCUGCGCAAGCUGAAGGUGCUCUACAUGGCGAACAAUUCCGUACGUGACUGGGGCGAGCUGGCAAAGCUGCAGGCCAUUGCCAGCACGCUCGAGGACCUGGUGUUCGCCGGCAACCCGCUGGUGGAAAACCUCGAAGAGGCGGUUUACGUCCGGGAGGUUACGAAGCGGUUGCCCACACUGAAGAAGCUCGACGGUGUACCGAUGCUGACGGAGGACGAGGACUAGCAGAAGAGGGAACGUUUGUGUGUGCGGGAGUAAUGGUGUCCUUUGCGGCUAUUAGGAAGGCUGCAGACGGUUGAGAGGGUGGUUAAUCCUUUGCCUCCCCGUAUCCCGCGGUGUUCACAAACCGCGCUCAAUUUAUAAAGCGCCCCUCGGGAGAGUGGUUUCGUGUGUCUGCGAAAUGGUUGCCGCUGCUGCAAUGAUUUGGUAGUUCACAUUUGAAUUCAUAAACGAAAACUGAGCACGUGUAACUCAGA